CUCAGUCAUUCUGCAUCAGAGAGUGACGGCCUGUACACCAACGGUUUUGCCAGCCUAUUCCAAUUGCUUUUGCUGCGGAAGGAGAAGACCUUGAGAGAGGCUGGGACUCUGUCAAGGCUUGUUGCUGAGGUGCAAAGGACUACUAAACAAGAGUGGGUAUAUUCCGGGAACAGUACAAUCCAAGAUGCAUAAUUUUUAGGACUCGAAUGAGUUUCUAUUUGUCAAAGUGGAGGAACUAUUGAAAGGCCUCAAAGAAGGAUACUACAAGUUCAGAUAUUUAUAUUAUCACCCUUAAUCACCCAUAACAACAUUUCAAUUGUUACGCCUGACCAGCAAAAUCGAAUCAUCAAUCGGACUAUCGGCGUAAGGAUGAGGAUACCGCUCGCCGUAUGGAUUGUGCUUCAUCUUAAGAUUUUCCAUGUUGCAUUAUCAGAAGAGGACGACAAACUCAAAUCAGCUAAAAACAGAAACUUCAAAGGCAGCUUGUCCCCAAUAACCACUGUGCCCUUCCUUGCCAGCAACGAUGGCAGCUUGCUUUCUUACGACAUCUCAGGGAGAACGCGGGAUCACCGCUCACGCCGAAGCACGGACCAGGACAAUCCUGCCGAUACUAUAUAUGUGGUUGUACCUAUGGAAAAAGAAACUGUGAUCCUAGACCUUACCCGAAAGUCCCACCUCCUUGCUCCGGUUGCCAUUGCGGAGUCUUGGGAAAAUGGUACAUUGACGGGACGUCGUUUACGGGGGGACUGCUUCUACCAGGGCCGUAUACGAGGGAUGAAGAGUUCUAUGGUUGCUGUCAGUAGUUGCCAUGGCUUGCAUGGCCUAAUCGAGACCGACACAACAGGAUACUUCAUAGAACCGUUAAAAAGAGACGAUGUUGAUGGAAAGCAGCGUCAUGUUAUCUACCCAGAGAGCAGGGAUCGCGGAGAUACGGUCCGGGAUGUAUCAGAAAAUGUAACAGAAGGGGAUCUGGUUGCCUACCACCAGAUGAUGACAAGGCUUCAGAUGGCAGGACACCACAGGGUGCGACAGAAGCGCCACAACGGGCCCCAUCGGUUCAACCUCGAGGUGAUCCUGGUCGUGGACGCCAACCUGCGGGAGUUCCACGGCGAAGACAGGGUGGAGGAGUACCUUAUUACUCUCAUGAAUAUCGUAGACGAGGUAUACCACCACCCAACCCUGGGUGUGGUCAUCAACAUUGUUCUCUCUAAGAUACUCUAUUUAAGUCAAAAAGAUAAUACAUUAUUUAAGGCAGACCAUUUCAUCGUACCCGGCAAUGCCAAGGCAACACUGGAUUUGUUCUGCGUGUGGGCCAACAGUGUCCUGACCAGGCAUCGGACUCCGGAGCAACCACAAUAUCACGUACACGAUUUCGCCAUCUUCCUUACCAAAGAGAACAUUGGGCCGGCAGGUUACGCGCCAGUGACGGGGAUGUGCAAUCCACUGAGAAGUUGUUCGGUCAACAGAGACGAAGGUCUGACAUCCGCUUUUGUGAUCGCCCAUGAAAUAGGUCAUGUGUUUGGUAUGAUGCACGAUGGCCAAGGCAACAAUUGUGGCGGUGGUGACCCAACGGAUGGACGGAUUAUGGCGCCACUUGUCCAAUCUACCUUUGAUACUCACUAUUGGUCACAUUGUGCAGCUUCGAUUCUGGGAGACAUGAUCGAGCAUUACCCCUGCCUCCAGGACGACCCAUUCGAUCCUGGCUACCCAGAGUAUGAGAAACCGUAUGGAGAGAACUGGUACCCAGACCAGCAGUGUCGGCAGGAGUUCGGGGAAGGAUUCACAAAAUGCAAAGCGUUUCCAAUGCCAAUGUGUGACCAGCUUUGGUGCAGUACCCCAGGCAAUGACAUGAUGUGCAAGACAAAGAAGUCACCACCUCUGGAUGGGACACCAUGUGGACCUUACAGUUGGUGCAUGAAUGGCAUCUGUGAACAAAAGACCGAUAUUCCGUCAAUUGAUGGUGGAUGGUCCCAAUGGGCUCCUUGGACGGAGUGUUCGCGGACAUGUGGGAAUGGGGUGCAGUUUCGAACGCGAUUGUGUAACAAUCCGAGUCCUAUCAACAAUGGCAAGGAAUGCACUGGCCACCGAGGAGAGUUUCAGCUAUGCAACCAAGUGGUGUGUCCAGAAGGAACUGAUCUCAGAGCAGCCCAGUGCAGUGCUUUCGACCCAGACGUCUACCGGGGUGGACGAUUACAUACGUGGUUACCAUAUGUCAGUAAACACAAGGCACUGCGCUGUGAAUUGAUGUGCAUCUCGGCGGGGCCAGGAGAUAUAUUCGCCACGGGACAACCACUGAUUGAUGGGACACCAUGUGAUUACGAAAACAAGCAUAAUGUAUGUGUCAGGGGAGAAUGCGAGAAAGUUGGUUGUGACGGCGUCCUUGGUUCGGACAAAGUGGAUGAUCAGUGUGGCGUUUGUAAUGGUGAUAACUCAGAAUGUACACAAAUCAGUGGAAUCUACGACAAGAAGCCAACCAGAAGUUACACGCAUGUUUUAUUGUUGCCAAGAGGAGCCAGACACAUCAAGAUUGAGGAAAACGGCGCAUCAAGUCACUUCCUUGCCUUAAAGGUCCGAAGUAAGCGUGAGUUUCUGCUGAAUGGUAACAGGAGAGAAGGCGAGUCCACAGAGGUUAUCUAUGAGGGAGUCCGGUUCUUCUACCACAACGAUCAACAUAGAGAGCGUCUCGCAUCCAGUGGGCCACUGACUACAGAAGUUAUGAUCAUGCUUUACCCAGUGGGCUCCCUGUCAAGAGCAGACAUAAGCUUUGAGUACAUCCUUCCCCUUGAAGUAGGCUUUGGUGCCUCAGCCUCCUUCUCUGGUAAAGAGGAAUUCGGGUUUGAGAGAUAUGUGUGGGACACUAGAGGAUGGACGGACUGCAGCAAGACAUGUGGAACAGGUGCCCAGUAUGAGAUAUAUGUCUGUAUCGACCAAUAUCUUGAUGAGUUAGCCACUUUAAGUGAUUGUUUGGAAGACACCAAGCCAAAGGCAGAGAGCCGAGAAUGUAAUACUCAGGAUUGCUUCAGUCUAAAGUGGCAACCCAAACAGUGGACCCCUUGCUCAGCAACCUGUGGUAACAACGGCGUAAGUGACCGUAAAAUCUACUGUAUGAAACAUAUUGAAGGUCUGCGCAGCAAAGAAGUUCGAGUUCGAGCCAACAACUGUGAUCAUCUCCCCAAGCCAAAGUGGAGAGUUCCCUGCAACCGCCACCCAUGUCCAUUGGACUGGAGUACCGAGAACUGGUCCUUGUGUACCAAAACAUGUGACGAGGGUGUGCAGACACGACGAGUCUACUGCAAUUACCCCCAAGAUGGCAACAACUAUAAGUGCACAGGAAUCAAGCCAAUUUCAUCGAGGCCUUGCACCAUCAAGCAAUGUCCAAAUUGUGAUAUUCCAAGUACCUGCAGGAACAGGGGGCCACUCUGCAGGAAAAAUGUACUGAACAGAGCAAAGUGUAAACUGGCAUUGUUCAGGAUCAUGUGCUGCAAAUCAUGCACGCUAGUUAAAAAUGGCUGCUGAGGCUACCGGUACAUAGAAUAUUAUUUUUUAAAGUCUUUUUUAAGUGAUGGUUUGUGGGAGAAAGUAGCUUUUGGUGAAAUCUGUGAAUGUGGGUGUAGAUGAGAGAAAGUGGCUGAAAGUCACAACGAGACAGCUUAUAAAUCUUUUUCACGGAUGUCCCAGAUGUGAUGGACAGGAAUGAAAGGUACCGGAUAAUGUUUUUGUGUAAUUAGAUGUAGGACCGUACAUGUAGGGGGAAACCAGAGACGGAAGCUUAAUUGUACUGAAAUGAGAAUAAAGAUGGAUGACACAUUGACUGUACAUGUACUAAGUAAGUGGAUUACAUGAAUAUGAACGCAGCUUCAUCAUAGGAUAACAAGAGCGUCAUAUCAUUGAUACUGGACAGCCAAUAUUUGGCAAUGUGUAAGGGCCUGAGUAAUUGGCUGACAGCAAAACCGGAGGAAAACAUUUUCCCAUUAAGUCUUAUUCUUACUGCAAGCAGAUUCAAGAAGUAGUGGAUUAAUACAGGCCAACAAAAAUGAUUUGGACCUGCAGAGAUGAUAGACUGUGAAAUAUCUCAGAGACAAGGAAGCAGGAAAGACAUGAAAGAAGACUAUUUUUAUUUGAAUGCAUUAUAAUUGAUAUAUAUUUUAGGACAUCUUAGUAUACGAAAGGUUUGUAAUGAAGAUAAUUAUAUUGUAUAUUGCAUCUGACGAUGUAAUGGGCAUACCACUAUAAUCAUCUGUUGUCUUAUAUCAACAAGCUAUCAAAUAUGAUGAACUGUCAUUAACAGUUUAUUGUUCCACAAUCCACAUCCUGUUCUGUUUGAUAUAUCGCAACCAGAUUUUUCUGUACCCCAACCAUUCACAUCAGUAAGUGUGAUUGGAAAAUAACUCACUGAGCCACUCUCGUACAUGACCUGAUCAGGAUUUUUGUAAAGUAGAGCCAUUGUGUUAGAAAUUGGCCAGUUGUCUACCAGAAUACAUUUCAUAUAAUGUAACAUUCUAACAUGAUUAUUAACCAAGAACAGUGCAAGCAUCAGUUUAGGCUUCAUCUUUGCCAUAUUUGGAGGAUACAAUCCACGCCAUCAGGGUGCACUGUGGGAUUAAGCUCUCACAGUAUAACACUUCCUGCGUGUAAUAUUGAUAGCAGUAGCCAUGACCCGAACCAACUUAUGAUAUUCUGUAUUGAUAUCCAAUUCGGCCAUAAUUGUUGUUUUUGUUCUUGUUACACCAAACUGUAUCAAGCUGCAUAAUGUUUUGCACAAAAAGUCAUUUCGGUCCUCAUGGCCGCUUGUACGGUAAUUAGUUCCAGAUGUUCACCUUAAGAAACGAGAAAGACAGAGAACAGAUGAUAGAUCUUAACUGCAUGACUGCCCAGAGCAGAUUGAUUUUUGUUUCUCUCAAUAACUGAGAAAUUUUAUGAAUAUUUCUGCAUGCAAUUUUCACCCAAAUGCUUCAUUAUAAUGACUUCUGUUGUGGUCUCUUAAUGCUGGAGGCAGAUACAGAUUUAAUACAUUUUAUAAAUGCGUAUAUAUGUAUUUUAUCACAUAUUUGAUGAAUAAAACAACACACCACAUAU